AUGAAAAUAAAUAUACUUUUAGCAUUAGCAUUAAUCUUAACUCUUGUUAGUGAACAAAAAAAGACAAUAAGUAAAGGAAAAUUUCAAAAAUGUAAAAUAAAAAACUUCAUUAUUAAUAAUAAAAGCAAAAAGUAUAUUUAUCAAAAAAAAAAUGUGAAAAAAUUUGUAAGUUAUUUUAAUAAAAGUGAUAUAAUACUAAAAAUAAAACAGAUGACAAUUAUGAAGAAUGAUUAUUUUACUGUGCCUUUAAACGUUAUAUGGAAUUUAAGUAAUAUAUUUUUUUUUAUGUUUUCCUUGAAUUAUUACAAUUUAAUAAAUGAAAAUCAUAGAAAAACAUUAUUAGAAAUUACUGAUAAUAUAAACUCUAAAAUUUUCCUUUUUAACACAAUAAAUGAUAUAAUAAAAGUUAUACCGAAGAAUUUUUCAUUUUUUUUAAAAAUUUUUAUUUUUUCUAUUGCACAAUUUUUUUCACAAAUUUUUAUAUCUAAUUUAACAUCUUUCAUUUUUUAUUCAAAAAAUAAUAAACAAGAAAUUGAAAGAAAGAAAAAAAAAGAUUUCUUAUGUGACAAAUUAGAAAAAUUAAAUGAUAAUAAUGAUAUAACCUAUACAGAAAAUAACGUAAAACUAAAUCAAAAUAAUAAAGAGAAAAAUAACGAAAAUAUUGAAAUAACUUCAAAUAAAAGAAAACAUUUAGAAUCUCAUCUUUUAAAAGAACAAAAAAGUAAAGAAAAUGAAAUAGAUCAUUUAAAUUAUAAGGAUAUUAAUGAAAUAAAUAAUAAUAUAAAAAGUCUAAAUUAUGAAAACAUUUAUAAUGAUUCUAUAAGAAAAACUAUUUUAAAGCAUAUGUGUGUAUUAAGUCAUACCGGAUUUAUACCUAUAUUUAUAUUUAAUCAAAUUUUAAAAAAAUUAAAUUUUAUAAAUAAUGAUAUUAAUAUUUUAAUUAAUUUUUAUAUUCUAAUUAACGGCUUUAUGUCAAAAAUUUAUGUUCAAUAUUUUACUAAAAAAAAUGAGCUAAUACUCAAUGAAAAAACAAAUUUUUCUUCAUUAAAAUUAAUUUUUUUUAAUUCAUACACUUAUUUUAUUCUUAUAUCAUUAUUUCUGAAUUUUUUUCAUAAAGCUAAUUUUAUUUAUGAAAAAUCAGUAAAACAAUUAUUAUUAAUGUUUAAUAAUAUAUUAAUACCUUCUAUUCUUAUUAUUAUUUCUAACAUCUUAUAUGAAGGAUUCAUAGUGAAGUCAUCCUUUUACAUUAAAGAUCUAAUAUAUAUUUUUAAUAAUAAAUAUCUUUUAUAUCCAAUUUUCUUUUUUAUCUUAUUCCAUUUAAAUAAUCAUUAUAAAUUUUUUCAUAUAAAAACAAAUUUGCAACUUUUUCUUUUAAUUCAAUCAAUGACUCCACCUAAUUAUAAUAUUUACUUUUUAAACAAAAAGUUUGGAGAUUUGAAAGAAAUAAAAAAAAUACUAAGUUUUUCUUAUUUUAUAUAUCUUAUUCCUUUGUAUUUUUAUUCCUUAAUAUUAUAUAAAUAUUUUAAAGAUAAGAAUAUAUAA